AUGGAUGAGAUAAGGCCCCAUGUUGUCUGUGUUCCUCUUCCAGCACAAGGCCACAUAAAUCCAAUGCUAAAACUAGCAAAACUCCUCCAUCUCAGUGGCUUCUACAUCACUUUUGUUCACACACAAUUCAACUUUGAUCGCUUGGUGAAAUCUAAUGGCCCAGAUUCUCUCAAGGGUCUUCCAGAUUUCAAGUUUGAGACCAUAUCUGAUGGAUUGCCUCCAACAAACCAACGAGGAAUACUAGACCUUCCAGACCUGUGCAUAACAAUGCCUGUUAAUGGGUUGCGUUCAUUCAGAGACCUCAUAGCAAAGCUUGUUUCUUCAGCAGAUCUGCCUCCUCUUACUUGCAUAGUUUCUGAUGGUGUCAUGGGCUUUACGUUGAAAGUUGCCCAAGAAUUCAACAUCCCUGAGUUCAUGCUAUUCACCCCUAGUGGCUGCGGCAUGCUGGGGUAUCUUAACUUUGAAGAGCUUGUGACAAGAGGCUUUUUUCCACUCAAAGAUGAGAAGAAUCUGUCUGAUGGAUAUCUUGAAACUGAAGUUGAUUGGAUUCCAGCAAUGAGAGGGGCUAGACUGAAAGACCUUCCCACCUUCUUUAGGACUACUAAUUCUUCUGAUAUAAUGUUCAAUUACAACAAAGAGUCAGUGAACAAUGCUAUGAAAGCCAAAGGGGUCAUCCUUAACACCUUUGAAGAUUUAGAAGCAGAGGUUUUGGAAGCAAUUAGAACUAAAUACCCUAACCUUUACCCCAUUGGUCCAUUAGCAAUGCUCUAUAAACAGUUUUCAAAUUCAAACAAUCAAUUGGAGUCCAUUGAUUUGAAUUUGUGGAAGGAAGAUGUUGAGUGCUUGAGAUGGUUGGAUAAAAGAGACCAAGGAUCUGUAGUUUAUGUGAAUUUUGGGAGCUUAGUGAUUAUGACUUCAAAGCAAUUGAGAGAGUUUGCUUGGGGAUUGGCUAAUAGUAAGUACCAUUUCUUGUGGGUCAUUAGGCCUAAUCUUGUGGAUAAUGGAGCUGAGAUCAUAUCAAAUGAUGAAUUUGUGAAUGAAAUUGAUCAGAGGGGCUUGAUAUUGGAGUGGUGCCCACAAGAGAAAGUUCUAGGUCAUCCCUCGGUUGGAGGCUUUUUGACCCAUUGUGGGUGGAACUCCGUAUUGGAAAGUAUUUGUGAGGGAGUGCCAAUGGCGUGUUGGCCUUUCUUUGCUGAGCAACAAACCAAUUGCUUUUAUGCCUACAAAAAAUGGGGGAUUGGAAUGGAAAUUGAGAGUGAUGUUGAUAGAGAGCAGGUUGAGGGGCUUGUGAGGGAACUUAUGGGAGGAGAGAAAGGGGAAAAAAUGAGGAAUAAGGCUGGGGAGUGGAAGCAGAAGGCUGAGGCAGCCACAUCACUUGGUGGAUCUUCUUACAAUAACUACAACAGUUUGGUUUUGCUAUUGAAAGAGGUCAAUAAGUCACUUGGGCAUGAACUGGUAGAGUAAGAGGUGGGGUUACAAUGGAUGUAUUAGGUUCAAUUUUGGUUAAUAGCCAAGAUCUUGUUUGUAAUUGUAGCUAAUUCUUUUUCGUGACAAUUGUUAUUGUAGCUAUAUGCAGCCC